AUGGCAUCCACCUACACCUACAAAUACUUCAACGUCACCUUCCCGCAGGAAUAUGUCGCGCACGUGGAAAUCAACCGCGCCGACAAGAUGAACGCCUUCUUCGAAGCCUCCAGGAUGUGGCUCGAACUCAGCCAGGUCUUCACGCGCCUCUCGCACGACUCCUCCGUGCGCGCCAUCGUACUUAGCGGCGCCGGCGAGAAAGCCUUCACCGCAGGCCUAGACGUCAAGGCCGCGUCGCAGGGCACGCUCGGCAGCGACGCCAGCUCGGGGUCGGCGGACGCCGCGCGCAAGGCGGUCGCGCUGCGGCGGCACAUCGCCGAGUUCCAGGACUGCAUCAGCGCAGUGGAGCGGUGCGAGAAGCCGGUGAUUGUGGCGAUGCACGGGUUCGCGCUGGGGCUGGCGAUCGAUCUGAGCACGGCGUGCGAUGUGCGGGUGUGCGCGGCCGACAGCAAGUUCGCGGUGAAGGAGGUGGACAUCGGGCUGGCGGCGGAUAUUGGGACGCUGAGUCGGCUGCCGAAGGUGGUGGGGAACUUUGGCUGGGUGAAGGAGGUGGCGCUGACGGCGCGGGUGUUUGGCGCGGAGGAGGCGCUGCGCGUGGGGUUUGUGAGUGGUGUGUAUGAGAGUAAGACGGCCGCCGUGGCGGCGGCGGUUGAGCUGGGCGUUCUGAUGGCGAGCAAGAGUCCUGUUGCGGUGCAGGGGACCAAGGAGAUUUUGAACUGGUCGCGCGAUCAUUCCGUGCAGGAUGGACUCCGGUACACGACGGUGUGGAACAGCGCGGCGCUGCAGACGCAGGAUGUGGCGUCGGCGUUGCUGUCUGGGAUCCAGAAGCGGAAGCCCACGUUCGAGAAGCUGUAA